AUGUCUCUGCCAGCAGCCUCCCACGAGCCUAAAGUCCUCGACGAAUUCAUAGGAGGACCCUCGACAGGUACAACAGCGACCAGCACGAACCGAGCCUCGAUCGAUACCGCGGCCAAUAUAGAAACCCAGCGAGAAGCUGCGCGACAGAACAAUCCCAAUGGUUUCAGCAAUCCAACUGGGGGGGUUGAUGUAGCUGGAGCCGAGGCGCAAUUUGCAGAACUCCAACGUCAUUUGUCUGGGAUCAGUCAGACCAGCCGCAAACUUUCCAGGACACAAUCGAGACAGUCGAAAGCCAAAGGCAACUUGGAUGAAAAGGAUAUUGAACAUGCGACAUCAUCAGAUUCUACCGAGGGGGACCGCUUUGACCUUGAAGAGACUCUGCAUGGCGCGCAUGCCGCAGAACAGGAAUCCGGCAUACGAUCAAAACACAUUGGUGUGAUUUGGGAUGGCCUCACAGUAUCUGGUGUUGGAGGAGUUACCAAUUUCGUUAAAACUUUCCCAGACGCGUUUAUCAGCUUUUUCAAUGUUGUCGAGACGGCGAUGAUGAUAUUUGGGGUGGGGAAGAAGGGAAAACAGGUCAAGAUAUUGGAUGACUUCAGGGGUGUAACCAAACCUGGAGAGAUGGUCCUGGUCCUUGGACGGCCUGGUAGUGGAUGUACAACAUUCCUCAAGGUGAUUGCCAACCAGAGAUUUGGGUAUACAGGCGUCGAUGGGGAAGUUCUAUACGGUCCAUUCGAUGCAACCGAGUUCGCAAAGCAUUAUCGUGGAGAGGCAGUGUACAAUCAGGAAGACGAUGUGCAUCAUCCUACUCUCACUGUCGGACAGACCUUGAACUUUGCGCUCGAUACCAAAACACCUGGCAAACGACCACAUGGCAUGUCCAAGGCUGAUUUCAAGGAGCAAGUCAUCACGACUCUGCUUAAAAUGUUCAAUAUCGAGCAUACCAGGAACACGGUUGUAGGCAAUCCUUUUGUCAGAGGAGUCUCAGGAGGAGAGCGAAAGCGAGUCUCAAUUGCGGAAAUGAUGGUCACGAGUGGCACAGUUUGCGCAUGGGAUAAUUCGACCAGAGGAUUGGACGCUUCUACGGCUUUGGAUUACGCCAAAUCGCUGAGAGUAAUGACGAAUAUCUACAAGACGACCACUUUCGUAUCAUUGUACCAGGCGAGUGAGAAUAUCUACAAACAAUUCGACAAGGUUCUGGUUAUCGAUUCUGGGAAGCAGGUAUAUUUUGGGCCAACAACGGAAGCUAGAGCCUACUUUGAGGGACUUGGAUUUAAGGAGAAACCACGACAAACGACUCCCGACUACCUCACUGGCUGUACUGAUGAGUUCGAACGUGAUUAUGCUCCAGGACGCUCCGCUGAGAAUGCUCCAAAUUCACCCGAGUCACUUGCUCAGGCCUUUAAGGAGUCGAAGUUUUCUACACUUUUGAGCAAUGAGAUGAACGAUUACCGAGCUUCCAUUGCAGCGGAUCAGCAACGAAUUGAGGACUUUAAAGUUGCGGUACAUGACAACAAACGUAAGUACACUUCAAGCAAAUCGGUCUACAACGUUCCAUACUACCUCCAAAUUUGGGCUUUGAUGCAGCGACAAUACUUGAUUAAGUGGCAAGAUAAAUUCUCGCUCGUUGUUUCCUGGAUUACCAGUAUCACUAUCGCCAUUGUCCUCGGAACUGUCUGGCUUGACCUACCCCAAACCUCAGCUGGUGCUUUCACUCGUGGUGGUCUUCUAUUCAUUUCCCUCCUUUUCAACGCUUUCACGGCUUUUGCAGAAUUGGCGAGUACUAUGCUCGGCCGUCCUAUUGUCAACAAACACAAAGCAUACGCGUUUCAUCGCCCCUCAGCGUUAUGGAUUGCGCAAAUCCUUGUUGAUGUUGCUUUCUCGGCGGUUCAGAUCAUGGUUUUCUCAAUCAUGGUAUACUUCAUGUGCGGCCUUGUCCGCGAUGCAGGCGCCUUCUUCACGUUUUACAUUGUUAUUGUAUGUGGCUAUCUCGCCAUGACUCUAUUCUUCCGAACAGUUGGGUGUUUGUGCCCCGAUUUCGAUUAUGCCAUCAAGUUUGCCGCUACUAUCAUUACAUUCUUCGUCAUCACUUCCGGUUAUAUCAUUCAAUAUCAAUCCGAGAAAGUGUGGAUUCGUUGGAUCUAUUUGAUCAAUGCUUUGGGUCUGGGAUUCUCUGCUUUGAUGGAGAACGAAUUUAGUCGAAUCGAUUUGCGAUGCGGCCCUGAUUCUCUAAUUCCAUCUGGUCCUGGAUACACCGACAUCAACCAUCAGGUUUGCACUUUACCAGGUAGUGUUCCUGGUACAGAUAUUGUUAGCGGCUCCGCAUACAUUACGCAAGGAUUCUCUUAUAGCCCAUCGGACUUAUGGAGAAAUUUUGGUAUUAUUGUUGCCUUGAUUGUUGCAUUCUUGAUCUCAAACGCGACCUUGGGAGAAUGGUUGACAUUUGGUGCUGGUGGUAAUGCUGCCAAGGUCUUUCAGAAGCCAAAUAAGGAACGUGACGAGCUCAACGCCGCACUUGUCGCUAAGAGGGAUGCUCGCCGAGGACAAAAAGGCGAGGCUGAAGGUUCCGAAAUCAACCUCAACUCCAAAGCUGUCUUGACAUGGGAGGGACUGAACUACGACGUCCCAACUCCAGCAGGUCAACUUCGUUUGCUCAACAAUAUCUAUGGAUAUGUUAGGCCAGGAGAGCUUACCGCAUUGAUGGGAGCGUCGGGUGCUGGUAAAACCACACUUCUAGAUGUUUUGGCCGCUCGAAAGAAUAUUGGUGUCAUUUCUGGAGAUAUUCUCGUUGAUGGAAUCGCCCCUGGAACCUCUUUUCAAAGACAAACAAGUUAUGCAGAACAACUUGAUGUACACGAGCCUACCACAACUGUUCGAGAAGCCCUUAGAUUCUCAGCCGAUCUUCGCCAACCCAUCGAGGUUCCCCAAUCCGAGAAGUACGCUUAUGUCGAGGAGGUUCUUGGCUUGUUGGAAAUGGAGGAUAUGGCUGAUGCUAUCAUCGGUGAUCCCGAAUCAGGUCUCGCUGUCGAACAACGAAAGCGUGUUACCAUUGGUGUUGAGCUUGCCGCAAAGCCAGAACUUCUUCUCUUCCUCGAUGAGCCUACUUCAGGUCUCGACUCUCAAUCUGCUUUCAACAUUGUACGGUUCUUGAAAAAACUCGCCAACGCUGGUCAAGCUAUUCUUUGCACUAUUCAUCAACCUAACGCUGCUUUGUUUGAGAACUUCGACCGCUUGUUGCUCCUUCAACGUGGAGGUCAAACUGUCUACUUUGGUGAUAUUGGUCAAGAUGCUAAUGUCUUGUUGGCAUACCUUCGCAAGCACGGAGCCGAUUGUCCUCCUGACGCAAAUCCUGCCGAGUACAUGCUUGAUGCCAUAGGAGCCGGACAGGCCCCACGUGUGGGAAAUCGUGACUGGGCAGAAAUCUUCGCUGAUUCUCCCGAGUUGGCCAAUAUCAAAGAGCGAAUCUCAGAGAUGAAGCAGCAGAGACUUUCCGAGGUUGGUGGAGAUGUUAAGGUUGACGAGAAAGAAUACGCUACCCCUCUUAUGCACCAACUUAAGAUUGUCCAGAAACGAACCAACUUGUCUUUCUGGAGAUCUCCCAACUAUGGUUUCACUCGACUGUUCAAUCAUGUCAUUAUCGCUCUCAUCACUGGUCUUGCAUACUUGAACCUGAACGAUUCCAGAGCAUCACUACAAUAUCGAGUUUUCGUCAUUUUCCAGGUGACUGUUCUUCCAGCACUUAUUCUAGCACAAGUCGAGCCAAAGUAUGCCUUGUCUCGUAUGAUCUUCUACCGUGAGAGCUCUUCGAAGAUGUACGGUCAAUUCGCAUUCGCUUCGUCCUUGGUUGUCGCUGAGAUGCCGUACUCUAUCCUUUGCGCUGUCGGAUUCUUCCUUCCAAUCUAUUACAUGCCUGGAUUAUCAAGCGAGUCUUCUCGUGCCGGUUACCAGUUCUUCAUGGUUCUUAUCACCGAACUGUUCUCGGUCACUCUUGGACAGAUGGUUGCCGCCAUUACCCCAUCGCCAUUUAUCAGCGCUCUCCUUAACCCCUUCAUCAUCAUUACCUUCGCCCUCUUCUGUGGUGUCACAGUUCCCAAACCACAGAUGCCAAAGUUCUGGCGCUCAUGGCUGUACCAGCUUGUACCGUUCACUAGACUCAUCAGUGGUAUGGUUGUCACCGAACUUCACGAUCUUCCCGUGAAGUGCACAUCCUCCGAACUCAACCCCUUCACCGCUCCUGCGGGACAAACUUGCGGCGAAUACAUGACUAAUUUCUUCGCCAAUGGGGGACCUGGUUAUCUGGUUGAUAAUGCCACCAGCUCAUGCCAAUACUGCGCGUACAAGAUCGGUGACGAGUUUUACAACGCUCUUGAGCUCAGUUUCGAUAACAGAUGGAGGGAUCUGGGCAUUUUUGCAGCGUUCAUUGCCAGUAAUUUGAUCUUCUUGUUCCUAGGUUCAAGAUACUUGAACUUUAACCGUCGCUAA